GUCGAGGCAGUGGGAGCGGCGGGGCGGCCAUGGCCGGCGGAGGGCCCCUCAGCUACGCGCUGCUCUGCGGCCAAGCCGCGCUGCUCCUCGGCAACCUCCUCUUGCUCCAAGGCGUCUCCCGGAGCCACCAGCACAACGCCACCGAAAGCUCCGGGGACUCGGGCGCGGAGCAGCCGCUGGACGCCGGCUCGACUCCCACGGCGCCUUGGGCCUACCUCGGCCCCUACUCGCCUCUCGUCCGCUGCGACCAUUUGCCGGAGGAGUUCAUUGACUGCGAAGCGCCUCUGGAUCUUGCUGGGAACGCCAGCGCCAGGGAAGAGCAGGGCUACGGAUGCCUCAAGUUUGGAGGCCAAGCCUACAGCGACGUGAGCCACACGCGGGUCUUGUGCAGGGUGCUGGACGGCAUUGAGUGUGCAGGAGAGCAGACCUUCCUGCGCGGGAACAAACCAUGCAUCAAGUACACCGGCCACUACUUCAUCACCACCCUCCUCUACUCCUUUUUCCUGGGUUGCUUCGGAGUGGACCGGUUCUGCUUGGGGCACACUGGCACCGCGGUGGGAAAGCUCCUCACGCUGGGCGGACUCGGGAUUUGGUGGUUCGUGGACCUGAUCCUUCUCAUCACGGGUGGUUUAAUGCCCAGCGACGGAAGCAACUGGUGCACCAUUUAUUAGAGACCUGGAAUGGGACCUAAAACCAAAGACGAAAGCAAUAAGGGAAUUUUGGGUCGGCUGAGGACAGGAUGCAUGAAUCCACUUCUGCGGAAACAAAAGACUGCACUGCUCUAUUUAUUUGACACUUCAAGAGGUUCCUUGGACCAUAAUUCUGCUGUAUAUACUUCAUAGUUGGCUUAAAUGGUUGCUGAUUUUGUCCUUCCCAGAGUUGGGAAAACUUCUGGACUGUAAAGUGAGCCUACUGUAUGGAUUUACCACUCCAGUAAUUACAUCUAUCUUUACUUUCUUCUCUUCCCCAGGAAAUGACAAGGUAGUAGCAAUCGACCCCUAAUUAUUGAUCUCCCUGUUGUAUGUUUUGAAAGCGGUUCCCCCCCCCCCCCAAUAAAUGUGUACAGCCAGGAUUUGCUGGAAAUAACA